AACGCUUCCGCUACAGCCUCUGCAGCCGGUGGACCUUUGCCUCUCUAGGCCGGUAGGGCCUCUCCUCCAUGGUCCUGACUGUCAGCACCGUUUCGGUAGCCAGUCGGUGCGGCUGGGCCGCGCUCGGACGCCUCGGAUCCUCGAGACCGUAACCGGCGUGUGUCCUCGCAGGUGCAGGGGCGGCCCGGGGCCCAUGGCGAGGCGGCGGCGCUGACCCGGGCCCGGGCAGCAGCCGGGCCCCGGGGGCCGGCAUGGCGGGCCAGUUCCGCAGCUACGUGUGGGACCCGUUGCUGAUCCUGUCGCAGAUCGUCCUCAUGCAGACCGUCUAUUACGGCUCGCUGGGCCUGUGGCUGGCGCUGGUGGACGGGCUGGUGCACAGCAGCCCCUCGCUGGACCAGGUGUUCGACGCCGAGAUCCUGGGCUUUUCCACCCCUCCAGGCCGGCUCUCCACGAUGUCCUUCGUCCUCAACGCCCUCACCUGUGCCCUGGGCUUGCUGUACUUCAUCCGGCGAGGGAAGCAGUGUCUGGAUUUCACGGUCACUGUCCAUUUCUUUCACCUCCUGGGCUGCUGGCUCUACAGCUCCCGUUUCCCCUCGGCGCUGACCUGGUGGCUGGUCCAGGCUGUGUGCAUUGCGCUCAUGGCUGUCAUCGGGGAGUACCUAUGCAUGCGGUCGGAGCUCAAGGAGAUCCCCCUCAACUCAGCCCCGAAGUCCAGUGUGUAGUGUCGGGUCCUUUGGACACCCUGCUGGGCACUUGACCACCCUUCCAACCCCUUGGGCUGCUCGGACCACCAGAUGAGGUCCAGCCCAGGCCUGAGAGGAACCCGGGAAAUGUGAAGUCUUGGUUGGUGUUGGGGAGAGAGUGAGGCCCCCGUCAAGAAGGUGGGUAGCGGGCAGGAUGAGAGCUGCAAGAACCACUUCUGUCCACAGAAGCCUUGGUGUCUGGGAGGUCAGCGUGGGCACCUCUUUCAGGGUCAUAGCAGAAUUGGAACCAUGUCAUUCUUGAGCCACCAUACCUGUCACCAGCCUGUUAUUUUAAAAAGGAAAAAAAAAAUCAAAGAUAUCUGAUCAGAGCAAACCACUCUUCUAGCCAUCUGUCUUACCUCCUGGGACAGCCAUUACAUACCUUUGCCACGUUGCCCUGACUGCAGCUGUUCAGUUGGAACAACCCUUGGUUUCUGGAUCCAGAGCCACAGAAAGAGAUGUAGGUGCCCAGUAAGUAGCAGGCUGCUGUCAGGCAGAGAAUGGCAGGUGGAGGCAUCAAGCAGGAAAAAAAAAAAACCCCCAAAACGCACAGCCGGUGUCCUGCUGCACACACACGCGCACACACCCCUGAACCCGUGACUGUCUUCCGGUUCUCUCUGCUGGGUCCCCACGCUGCUGCCGGCUUUCCACAUAGCGGGCGGAGGACCCAGAGAAGAAUCCCAGCAUCGCUGUCCGUCUCGUGUUUGACCUGGCGUCACAGCCUGUUCUCUAGGAAUGACCGGGCUUUCCGGCUCCCACAGACCUCCGUUCUGGCGGUACUUCCGUCUUCCCGCCUUAUUUGGAAUCCCACAGUGGGAGGGAACCGUGAGCGCCCAGACCCAGGGAGCCCAGCCUUGCAGCUUGAGGUGUACUUGAUUGUACCAUAGGAGAUAGGAAUUUGCUACCAAGCUGUUUCUUAGAGGUGGAGUGUCCUCUGUGAGGGGGCUUGCAGCUGCCCUUCCUGUGUACAUAAAUACAGUAUUUUCCACGGUU